CGUGGACUACUCCGCACGGCUGUCCUGGGUGAGGGUAAGCAAGAAGGAACAACGCCAGGCUCCUGUUGCUGUCCUAAGAAGAUCUCCAUGCGCCGAAAUAGAUUUGCUCCGAUCCGAUGUGAGGCCUGCAACAAGCAGUUCUCGCGCCUUGAACACCUGAGACGGCACUGCGAACUGCACCGCAACGUGAAGCCGUACAAAUGUUCCAUCUGUGACCGCCGGUUUGUCCGCAAAGAUGCAGCCAAGAGACACGUGGCGACGCAUGCCGGGUCUAGUCGCCAGACCGCGAUUGUGCAGGAGGGGGCGUAUUCGGACUCACAACCAUUAAGUCAAGGUGCAGAUAUGAGGCCAGUUGAGAACGAGUCUAGUCAAGAGUAUUCUUCUUCCUUUCCAUUACAUAUCAUCACAGCGUCUAGGAAGGCUCAACCCUCAAAUUCGUUAUCAGGAGCGCAGGGAGUGCCAGAGAAGAAUGAUGAGCCGCUAAAAAUAGAUAUAACAGCCAGACGCGGCUCUUCGACUGGGAAUAUCCAUAUAGAAGGCACGCCGUUCUCAGGCCUGGAACUGGAUCACGCGGUAAUUUCUCUACCUGAAGAUGUGCUGAUCUCAGAGGAUGUUACAUACUCACGGCUGCAGCCGGAAGAAAGACUGCCAGCUCACACAACCCAAGUAUUUUCUGGAUGGAUGAUUGCGCAGACCUCGUCAGUACUCAGGGAGAAGGAAAUCUCCCAUAUGGAGCCACCACUGUCUGAAUCUGUUCGUAGCCACAUUAUCUCUCCUGUCACCUUGAAACUUCUCACAAGUCUCUACUUUGAGAAUUUUCACCCAACAUAUCCUUUUAUUGACGGCACCUCUCUCCAAAUAUCCGACUCGGGGGUGCUCGUGUGCCUCGCGACAGCAGCUAUCGGGGCCUGUUUCCAGGAUUCGGAAACUAGUGAAGACGAAAGUUUCUUUCUACAUGCUAUUCUACAGGACUUAUUAAUGGUGGAGUUGCCUAAAAGUUAUACUGCCAAUUCCUUGCAUUUUCUCCAGGCGAUGACUCUUCACACUGUUGGGUUGAUUCACAGCAAACACAAAGAGUCACGCCAACUCGCACACUCAACGGCAGCGCUGACCUUCCAGCUUUCCAGAAGCGUGGGAGUAUUUGAUUCAAGAAGUCGAACCGAGCCUUUGAGUUCGUUGGAUAAAGAUACGGCCUUCGAUACUAUUUUGCGGGAUGCGGAAACCCGUACCCGAACAGGCUUUUUCAUAUAUAUGCUCGACACGAUGUUGGCUUUUCCCGAAAACACAUCCCUUCUGAUAUCGCAGAGAUCGCUUCUGAACUUGGACCUCCCAUGUCCUGAUAGAGUUUGGGAAGAUGGCGAAGACCAUUCCAAGAUAGAAUCUUUCACUCUAGAAGAAGCACUUUGUAGACUCUAUAUGGAGAGAAAACUAGUACCGGAACAGUCGGAAUUCGCCCUGACCGGAUUGAUCUACGGAGUUAUCCGCUGCAACCUGGAUGUGGCUUGCUACUACAGUAACCCCCUCUCCUUUUGGACACCAGGCGAUGCGCAAGACACGAAUAUCCAUCACCAUCACCGCCACCACAAUCGCCAUGAUAACAAACAACGGGAUAGUCUCUACUGGAGAUGGCGAGACAGCACCUGCGAUUGCCUUGACACUCUCCACUGGGAGAUCCUCGGCCGCAGUGCUGCAGCAGGCGGCCACGAAGCGCCCAUCUUCCUACACCUGCACCUCGCCCGGCUGGCGAUUCUCGCCCCCUGCCCAGAACUCCUUCGUAUGUUCGAAGCUAACAGCGAGAGCGGUACCUUGUUCAGUGUCUUGAGUGACAAGAGCGUUGUCCAGACCUGGCUUCAAUUGGACCAACACAAGGCCCGUCUAGCCGUGCUGCAUGCGGGCGCCAUGUUUUGGCAUCUCCGGCACGUCGAAGCGACCUCCUUCAGCCAACCACUAGCCAUCUUCCUAGCCGCACUAAUCCUCUGGGCGUACGGAUGCCAUGAAUAUUUCGACGCCAAAGAUCAUUCUGCUGCUACUGCUGCUGCUGCUGAUCCAGCCGAGCCAGACCGGAUGCACGUUGAUCGCCCCUUUGACGAUGAACUGGCCCAACUCUUCAUCCGCACGGGCCGGAUAGAGCUAUACAUGCACCCCGUCGGCAAGAUUUGUUCUGCCGGCGGUCCGGAACGGGUCCUCGGAGAGGCAAAAGCGCUCCUACAGCGGCGGAUGCGGGUAUGGGGGGUCUCUAAGCACUAUAUUGCGAGACUUGAGGAUGCGUUAGGUUCUUCGCCGUGGAGUGUUGCCUAGAUAGAGUUCCAUAUAGCUUGAAGAGUUAUGACUUCAAGUUCUACUUAUUUAUCAGUGUUGGAAAUAGUUCGUCUCUGGCCUCGUACUUUUUGAUGAUAG